AUGCCGCCAGGGGCCAUCAAACUCCCGGAAUUCUGGGCCAACGACCCUCAAGUCUGGUUCACCCAAGUGGAGGCACAGUUUGCAAUACGGAACAUAUCAUCACAGUCGACUUGCUUCAACUACGUUGUUGCCGCCUUAACCCCAUCCGUCGCCACAGAGGUCCGUGAUGUGCUUCUUUCGCCACCAGCUGAAAAACCAUAUGACACGCUGAAAGAACAACUGAUUAGCCGGACAUCAGCGUCAGAACAACGACGUAUACAACAGUUGCUCACAUCGGAGGAGCUAGGCGACAGGAGGCCGACUCAACUUCUCCGUCGACCACAAAAACUGCUCGGAGAAAAAGCAAGCACCAUCGAUGAGUCUCUGUUGCGAAAGGUUUUCCUUCAACACCUCCCGGCCAAUGUUCGUAUGAUACUGGCUUCAGCGAAGAGUACAACAUUGUCUGACAUCGCCAACAUGGCCGACAACAUCAUGGACGUUGGCUCCCCAGUCAUCGCUGCCGUCGGAUCCCAAUACGAACCCCCAGCCAUCGUGGAGCUCCGCAAGGCCAUCAUGGAGCUAUGCAGCACGUGA